CUGUGUGGAAGACGUAAAUAUUUUCUAUGGCGGCGAAAUCCGAAAUUGUCUGAGCUUGCUUUCACAGAUUCACAAUAUUUAAACGAUAAUGCCUUUGGGAUUAGACAGGAGUCAUUUCCUAUCAGGAAAAGUGAAAGAACAAGACAUUCAGCUGAGAAAAAAACAGGAAAGAAUAGCUUCACUUGAAACAGAAAAUGCUAUGCUAUAUCUGAAACUCGCUCAGCUGAGGGGGGAAGUGCAGAGCUCCAGGGAGGAGCUGACAGGUGUGACAACAAAGUAUGAAUCAGAGAGACGGUUCCGGAGUCAAGUGUCAGAAAAGGCCUCCAAGUUUAAACAGGAAAUAGAAUUGCUGAGAGAGGGGAUGGGGCAAGUGAUGACAGUUGCCAGUAAGAUGCCAGAGCAGUUCCAGUCUCACAUCGAUCAUGCCAGUGCUGUUGUCAGACAACACAGACAGGUUUACCAGGACCACUCCUCUAGUCUCUCAGUGUUACAGGACCAGGUGUUGGUGCUACAGGCUGCGCUACAGGACAUCACAGACAGGCAUGGGAAGGAGAAGAAGAGAAGACAGGCACUACACAACACACUGAUGGUGAGGCACUACACACAUGGUGAGGCACUCUACAACGUGUCCAUCAUGGCGUAUGGUCAGACAGGAAGUGGCAAGACGCACACCAUGCUAGGGAGUCACCGCAAUGAUGACUACCACCCGUCUAACGACAUGCACCCAGACGAGGGGGUAAUUCCCAGGGCCACACGUGAACUCUUCAGACUGAUGUCGGAGAAGCCUCCUGGAACACACUCCCUGGAGGUGUCGGUCGUGGAGAUCUACAACAACGACAUCCGAGACUUACUGAGUCGCGACACCAGCGUGAAACAUGAUGUAGUCACUGGCUCUGAUGGGUUACUCAGUCUGCCCACAAUUACCUCAAAACAGGUGUCGACCGUGUAUGAUGUGAUGUGCCUGGUACAGCGAGGUCUGCGGACCCGGCGGGAGUCCGCCACAAUGGUCCACGAACACUCGAGUCGCUCCCACCUGGUUGUCACCCUGACGCUCAUCAGUCAGGCUCCCAGCUUCUUCAGGGUCCGUGGCGGACCUAAACCUGACACUGAAGAACCUGUCCAGCCUAAGAAGAGCCGGUCACAGUCCCUGACCCACUCUUCCCUGACUGGUGGUUGGUCAUCUCCUGACCAAUCAGGUUCCUCCUCCCCGGCAGCCAAUCAGCAAGCAGUCAUCCGUACCAAGCUACAGCUAGUUGAUCUAGCUGGCAGUGAAUGUGUAGGUAUGUCAGGUGUGAAGGGAGCAGCUCUAAGGGAGGCGUCAAACAUCAACAAGAGCUUGUCUGCUUUAGCGGAUGUGCUUGGUGCACUGUCAGAGAACCGGACACAUGUUCCGUAGCGGAACAGCAAACUCACACAUCUACUCCAAGACUCCAUAGGUGGUGAUGCCAAGCUGCUGGUGUUACUGUGUGUGUCGCCAUCCCAGCGUUACAUAACAGAGUCGUUGCAGUGUCUUGGUUUUGGACAAAGAGCGUGGCAGGUCCAACGAGGCCCCACCAAGCGCCGACUGCCGACGUCUGCUGAGAAGGUCAACUAUGAAGCAAGGUCAAACUCACCCAAACCCAGAUCCUCCUCAGCAUCAGACAAGAUGAUAACCAGCCAGAGAUUCUGAUGCACAAUGUCGUCUCUCACUAUCAUUAUAAUUUGAUGGGCAUGAACAGUUUUUGAUGACUUGUCAGUUGUUUUGUAGGCAAUCAAAUGUUAGUAUUUAGACAAACCACGUUUUUUUAUGAUCAUGAUGUUUUAGAAAUAUGAAAGAAAGAAUCUUCAGGGCAAUGACUGUCAGGAACAACCUAAUUAUGUGCAACUAACUACAGAUUAUUUCCUGAUCUGGAGAGUUGUCUAGACUGAUGCAGUCUCAUUGCAUCAACUGGAUACAGAUUCAACAAAGACUGCAACAAAGUCUCAAAUUGUGUUUACAAGCUCCACCCACAUCAAUAAAUCUGUACCCACAGAGAAAUGUGCAUGGCCAAACCCUUGUAAUAUGCAUGGGUAACUUAUUAACUCUCUUUAGUAUUACACAAUUUGAAGUGAAAUAAUAGUCCGAUGUACUUUUCUCAUUAUAUAAUUGCAUUAACUAAACUUAAACCCUGUUUCAUUAAACUUUUGUCGAGUUCAUGUGGCCCUUGCUGUAGGUGUUUAAAGGAUUACAUGGUACUUCAGUUUAAGGAAUUAUAAUAUCACAUUCAUUAAAGAUGGUGGAAGUUUGUUGUCUGACCAUUUUACGUACACAAUUGGAGUGCUGAGGUAGCCUAGUGGUUAAAGCAUUUGCUCGCCACGCCGAAGGCACGGGUUCAAUUCCCCACAUGGGUACAAUGUCUGAAGCCCAUUUCUGGUGUCCACUGCCAUGAUAUUGCUGGAAUAUUGCUAAAAGUGGCAAAAAACCCAACUCACUCACUCAUACACUAUCACUACCAUGCACUACAGCAAUGACAUCAUUCAAGAAGGAAGAGAUAUAAUAUCACAAGUAACAACCAGGUAGAGGGCUUAAGAAUUCAAAAUUUGAUUUAAUAUUUUAGGAAGUCAUGUGAUAAGCUUUGUUUCCCAGUAAACAUCAAUGAAUUUAGUGAUAAUUGUACAAUAUGUAUUCUAACGUUAUAUUAUGAUUGUGUGAUGAGGUAUGGAUGGUCCAUUAAGAUUUACUCAAUAUCGUCUUUAAAUGUGUGUUGAAUUCCCAAUGUGAUGUGUACAUCGUACUGGCUGUGAUACCAACAAGAAAACUGUGAUAUGUUGUUAACCAUUGUGAUAAUAAACCCAGCGUUU